UCAGGCGGAAGAAGUGCUGUCAUCCAUUUAAGAAGGGCAACUUAUUCAGAUAGUUGAUAACGCUGAUCAACAUCUCGAAUCACUUGGCUGACCCGCAUCAGCCCCAACGGACACCCAAGAACAGGUAAUGCCUCAAUACCCGACGAGUACAGCUGUGUCUCACUAUUCUGGUAUGCAGACGAUCCGCCGUCGAGAACUAUCGAGGAUCGUCUUCGGCGAGGGCUCUGCACCUAAGUACGGUCCCGCAAUGCUCGUUCCGGAAUUCUGCGGAAAGUGGCUAGUGCAUUCAGUGUCUACGCCGAGCAGUCGUAUGCAAACAUUGACACGCCAUUCCAGAUUCUAGGAUCUUUGUUAGAAGAUUGGAGAAAGGAUCCUUUGAACAAGGUUUUGAUCUUCACCAAAUCUGUUAAGUUAUUGGAUAUGCUUGACUUCCAUUUGA